AUGCUGUGGAUAUUUCGUUAUUUUCUUGCCUGUGUUUCGUUCACCAACCUUGUAACCGCUGAGGAUCAAUGCAGGAUAGAAAUUAACAUUCGUGGCAUGGCUCUCAAAGGUUUUGUUUUCAAGAGAAUGACGGUAACAGCUCCUCAUAACUGUGAUUUCUUAUGUGAAAGGGAAAUUUCCUGCCAGAGCUAUAAUUUCAACAGAAAGGAACAGAUCUGUGAAUUAAACAACCGCACAAAGGACGCAAGACCCGAGAAUUUCCGCUCGGAUCCAGCGUGGUUUUAUAUUCGUCGUUUGAACGGAAGAGGUAACUAUUCAGCCAAUAAUGUUGAUAAUAAUUAUCAUUAUUGUUUUUUUAGAGGGCACGGUAACGAAUCUUGCAAUCUGAUUGGUUCUUUACCCGGUCAGUAUUUUCCUAUCUCUGCCCACGGGCCACGGUAACGCUUUCGUGAGUCGCCGAGUACAUCCCAACUUUCGUUGUCAUUUUUCAUAAAUAUACCUCGUUUUCCGGCUGGGCAGUAUUUUUAAGCAAACACGUCGGUCACUACCUCAAGCCGAUAAAUAACUUAUGAAUCCUCUCUUUUCUCUCUAUCAAAUCACUUUGGUUGACAGAAAAAUAUUGGUUUCAGAAUGAAUAUGUAUAAACAAUAGUGUCAUUACGUUGGUUGACAAGCGGCCUAAAAACCGUCUGCAAUUAAUUUUAAUCGUUCACAAAAAGGAACCCAGAAAGUUGAAACGUGAGGUAUUUGGUUACAGUUAAACUGAACGAUGGAACUUUCAUUCAUUUAAUAUCUGAAUUUUCUCGAGCAUUUUGUUCAUGGUGAAAGAGCGAGCGAAGUUUUAAUUUAAGUUCUACAACAAAUAUACGCUCCUGGUGAGUCUUUCCAAUUCCGUUCAAUUUGGACAUUUGUACCUUAAAUUGCACAACAGAAAUUGAAGGAAUUUUUUGAGAAAAGGCCGCAUUACAUUCCCUUGUGUCUCGUUGGAGUGUGCCGUUCGAAUUUAGUUUCUGUGAAGGAAAGAUCAGAGUUAAACACGCCAUUACAGCAAACAAACUAGCAAACUCUCACAACUUCAAAAUAAAAAAAUUGAAUUUACUCACAAUUACUUUCCUCGCCGUUUACUUAAUGAACAGAGGUAAAUCUUCGUACAUGAAUGAAUGGUCGAUGAGAGUGAAUAAUACUUUCCGUUAGAUCAUUAACUGAUUUUGAAGAAAACAUUGUGACAGUCCUUGCCAAACUAGUUCUGUUGGUUUUCAAAUGUUCCUAUGCUUUUUUUUUUCUUGCGCGCUCUCUAAUUGACAGGUGUCGGAUUGUGACAGAUACUUGUAAAAAUAAUGUUUCAAAGUUUGUUUGGAAGCCUUUUAAAUCACCUUUAUCGUUUCGGAAAUGAAAAUGUUUCGCUGAGGCAUCUCUCUUAAAUUUGCAUCACCUCUAUUUUAACUACCAUUUACCCACUCAAUACUGCCUCGGGCAGUAUUUUCAAGACCUCGGUCACAGUUUUUCACCAUACGAACCUCCCAGCCGGCAAAUAACAUAUGUAUAUUUUGGUCAUACGCUCGACUUUGCUUACAGUCCUUGAUUUCUGAUCUCCCACGCUAAUCGGUAUUGAUUUUUCUAUCAUUUCUCAAUUCUAAUGAUGAACGAUAUUAGUUCUAUCCCUUUUCUUUGUAGUUGCUUUGUAGUUUCCCACCCAAAGCGUAGCUCCAAGUUCUGCCGAUAGAUACACAACCCACAAUUCCUUUAUUCCCUCUGACGAAGGGCUAACGGUCGAAACAUCUGUUUUGAAACUCUGAACAGUGGCCAACUUAAUAAUUAUAAUUGAUAAUAAUUAUCAAUAUUUUGGUCAUACGUUCGACUUUGCUUAUAGUCCGCGUUUUCUGAUCUCCCACGCUCAUCUGAUUAACGAUAUUAGUUAUAUCCUUUUUCUUUAUAGUUGCUUUGUAGUUUCCCACCAAAAGCGUAGCUCCAAUUAGUGCCGAUAGACACACAACCCACAAUUCCUCCAUUCCCUCUGACGAAGGGCUAGCGGUCGAAACAUCUGUUUUGAAACUCUGAACAGUGGUAGAUAGCACCAAACAAAGUGAGGGGGGCCUACUUCCCAAGAGAGGGGUGCUUGACAGUACGUUUAAUUUAUCACAUUCAAAGGCGGAAAUUUAAGUGAAUGGGAUUAGAUCCUCAUUCUAAUUCUCUCGUGUUUUUCAGUCUCGGCUUUCGACUUGUGCACCUAAAUAUAUUUAAUUUUCAACAUUUUUACCCUUACCAGCUCCCUUGGGUUCGAUUCCGGAGUUACCAGCACGUUCAUGCCGAGAAAUAAAAGCAAGCGAAGGGAAAGACACUGUAAGCAACAAAUACUGGCUGGAUCCAUCUGGCACAGGGAAGGCAGUUUUGGUUUACUGUGAUAUGAAUUUGGAAGGUAAAUCAUCAUUACGUCACCGUUAG